CGGACUGGUAGCAGUGGGCUGGAGGAGGCGGGGCCAGGGUCAGGGGUCAGGGGUCAGGGCGGAAGCAGAAGCGAGGAGCUCGGAGCACCAGUAAUGGCCGGAGCCUGCGGAGAGGACGUCUGGAAGAACGUGCAAGACUACUACGGCCAGGAGCUGCGGGGCUCCGCCGACCUGAAGACCAACGUGUGCGUGGCUGCCGGGAGCCCCUCCACCCGCGCCGCCAGAGAGGCCCUGGGAGCCGUCCACCAGGACGUGCGGGACAGGUUUUAUGGCUGUGGCCUAGUGUGUCCUGAGUCCCUGGAGAACCGUAGGAUUUUGGAUCUGGGAAGUGGAAGUGGCCAAGAUUGCUAUGUGCUCAGUCAGCUGGUUGGUGAGAAGGGGCAUGUGACCGGAGUAGACAUGACCAAGGCCCAGGUAGAAGUGGCCAAGAAGUACAUUGAUUAUCACAUGAAAAAAUAUGGCUUCCAGACACCUAAUGUAAACUUCAUUCACGGCUACAUUGAAAAGCUGGGAGAGGCUGGUAUCAAAGAUGAGAGUUAUGAUAUUAUUGUUUCGAAUUGUGUCAUCAAUCUUGUGCCUAAUAAACGGCAGGUGCUGCAGGAGGCUUAUCGAGUACUAAAGCCUGGUGGAGAACUGUAUUUCUCUGACGUCUAUGCCAGCCUUGACUUGCCUGAGGAGAUUAGGUCUCACAGAGUUUUAUGGGGUGAAUGUAUUGGAGGAGCUCUGUUUUGGAAGGAUCUCUUCACGAUUGCCCAAGAAAUUGGAUUCUGCCCUCCGCGCUUGGUUUCUGCCUUCCCCAUAACCAUCCAAAACAAGGAACUGGAGAAAGUUCUUGGUAACUAUCAGUUUGUUUCUGCAAAUUUUCGUCUCUUCAAGCUUCUUGAGAAAAGCCCAGUCAACAGAUGUGAAGUUAUUUACAAUGGAGGAAUCACUGGAUUUGAGAAGGAACUGGUGUUUGAUGCUAAUUUCACAUUUAAGGAAGGUGAAGUUGUUGAAGUGGAUGAAGAGACGGCAGCCAUCUUGCAGAAUUCCAGGUUUGCUGAGUCGUUUCUGAUCAGACCUGUCGGAGAGAAGUUGCCAACUCCUGGGAGCGGCUCUCGUUUGGAACCGAAGGAAAUGAUCACUGAUCCAUUCAAGUUAGUCAAACAACUGAAAACCAAGCCAACAUGCUCUACUGCUUCUUCAGCCUGCAGUGGUUCUAAAAAAUGCGGCUAGUCGUAUGAAUUUCCCAGUCCCAAAGUGGUGGGGAGAAGACCAAGGCAUGUUAACUGCAUUUCCGGAACCCAAUUAGUGCCAAAGUACAAGUUGCAAAAAGCUGCAUCAUUUUAGUUUCCGUAAGCUUGUUAUGGGCAUGGAACAUGUCUGCUAAUUGUGUUAUACUCUCCCAAGCGCUUAAUUCAGUGUUCUGCACAUACCAUUGAUAGAUUGAUUUGAAAACGGAUCCACCAAUUGUUUUUAGGAGGUGUUAAUUAUGCACAGUAAAAAGAUACAUAGAACAUAA